CAUUGACGUCAAUCUUCAGUUCUUCCGUUAAACAUUCCAACAAGGCAUGGCAACUUCCGCUCAACCUCACAUCAUUGUCGUUGGCGGCGGUAUUAUUGGUGCCGCAAUCGCCUGGCACCUGGCUCAACACACUAGCGUAACCGUCAUUGCAGAGGACAUUGGUGGGCCCGCCUCCACAGCCUCUUUCGCUUGGCUCAAUGCGAGCUCCGUCAGCCAAAAGUUCUACUACGAGUUUCGCCGUCGAUCCCUACAGAGAUGGAAACAGAUCCAUACGGAGCUUCCAGACCUUCCAAUCUCCUGGAGUGGCUCCAUUAAUUGGCACAAACCCACUGAGGUCCUGGCGAAGACCGAGAGUAACCUCACUGCUUGGGGCUACGAUAUCGCCGACAUGAAGAAAUCCCAAGUUUCUAAGCAAGAGCCAUUCUUUGAUCAGUCUACCUUGCCAGAUCGGGCCCUCUACUACCCUGAAGAGGGUGCUAUGGAAGCCCAUGUUGUCGCUCAGAUGCUCGUGGCGAAUGCAGAAGCCCAAGGCAACGUGAAAGUAAUCAGAGCGACAGCUAAGGGGCUUCUCCAGGAGAGUGGAAGCGUCAAGGGAGUCAAGCUGGCUUCUGGCGAGGAGAUCUCUGGCGAUCAUGUUGUCGUGGCUGCUGGGCUGGGUAGUGUGCCCCUUCUGGCGACUGAAGGAAUCACAGUCCCUAUCACCUCGGUACCAGCGCUGAUUGUAAACUCGAAACCGACUAAUGAAAGCUUGGUCAGGCAUGUAGUCAACUCGAAAUAUCUAUACAUUCGGCAGACAUCAGAUGGAAUCAUCAAGGCGGGCUGCGAGAAUCCAGGCGAUGACCCAGGCGACGAUCCGGAAGCAAUGGCACAUCAAGUCUUCUCCAAGGUCCGAUCAACGCUGGUUGGGGGAGAGACCAUUGAGUUUGACUAUUACACAGUGGGUUACAAGCCGACUCCUAAAGACGGCCUGCCAAUCAUUGGCCCAACUGGCCUGGAAGCGGUCAGUGUCGCUGUCAUGCACUCUGGUGUUACAAACGCUGCUAUUGUCGGAGAACUGCUCAGCAAACAGAUCCUCACGGGCGAGAUGGAUCCAAAUCUUGAGCAUUUUCGUCUCGAUAGAUUCAAUGAAUAAGCGAAGAGAUAUCGUAUUAAAUGAAUGUUGAUAUCUAAACCCGAUUCAAGAAGUCUGUGGCUUUCGACCAUAAACCGCGCGGUAACGAAAGAAAGGAUGGUUCGCAGUCGAUCUAAGCUCACG